CUUAUGCACACACAAUCUUACACACUCACACACAGCUGACGGAGACAUAAAGAGAAAGAACGGCUGCUGAACCCAUCAUAACACUCCCAUCCUGUCUCCUGUACGUACCUGCUGUUCCUUUCCUCCUCAGCAGAUCUCUUCUCUUUUCUUCUUUCACUAAAGGACUCUCAGAGGUUCUCAGAUGCAGAAAGGAUGUUCCUAGAGCAGCAGAGAUUUCUCCAGGAGCUGUACUCCUCCUGUGUCUGAGCGAGUGUGUGCUUCACUGGAGGAUUUAAUCAGUAAUUCCUUAUGACUACAGCACGGCCGAUUCUUGUGCCGCAGAACCACAGAACCUCCAUCCUUCACUCAGUUCUCAUCUGAAAUAUGAAGGCUGCACUUUGCUGCCUCGCUCUGCUGCCUCUUUUACUGGAACUCAAUUUGGUGGACUCCAAGGGGACCUUCUAUGGAAACCCAUACAGAUUUAAUCUGUACAAGGCUGGAGCCGGACCACAUUUUAACCCGGGCAAACCCAUGACUCGCCACAAAAACCACUGUGCCUACAUUGUGCAGAAGAACAUCACCUGUAACGUGCAGGAUGGGAUGGCCACCUACGUCAAGCCAGAGUACACCACCAAGUGCAUCUGGGGACAGAAGUGUCCUGUCGUCAUGUAUCGGACAUUCUUCAAACCUACCUACAAGGUUGGCCACAAGACAGUGACGGAGCUGGAAUGGCGCUGCUGCCCAGGCUACUCAGGAGAAAACUGCGUAGAUGGCCCUACAUCUGGCCCAGACUCCGUCAUGCCACCAUUCAAGGGCUCCUUUCUAGGACCCAGACCUGGGGUGAACGGUUUCCCACGGGGUCACAAAAAGAUACCAACCCAUGGGUCAGGGCUGGAGCCAGGCAGGCCUCUUUCCCCUGGGGGUUAUCAUGAAACUGUACCAACUGUAGACGUGCCUUCAGCAGGUCCAAUAACAGGUGUCUCUGGAGAGCGUCUAGACCGUAUGGAGGAGGAUCUACGGAGGCUUUCACAUGGUUUGGAUACUCUGAAUGGUUUGAUUUCUGGCAUGGAGGAUCGUCUCCGUGUGUCGCUCCGUGAGCAUACUGUCAAGAUGGUGAACACCCUGCUAGGUGGAGCCCCACGCCAGCCAGACUCUACAAUGGGCUUUGGUGUCAUCUCUGAGGGCUUGCCAGACACCGUAGGAGGCAGAGAUGGCUUUCCAGCCCUUGGUGAGCUGGUGGGAAGGGUUACAGAGGUCAAGGAUGAGUUGAGGACCAAGGGUCACAUGCUGGAUGAAAUCCAAGGCAUGGUAAUAGGCCACGAUGGGCAGCUGAAGAGGCUGAUGGAGGUGCCACCUGGGGGUAUUCCAAAGUUAGUUGAGAAGCUGCUGGAUGAAAGAUUGGCUGGUGUCAGGACUCAAAUCCUGGAUGGAUUCGAAAGAAGGCUGAGUGGGCUGGAAACCGACUGCAAUGAGAAGAUCGGACAGGUUCAGAAGACUUGCCAUAAAGAAUAUCUGAACGGUCAGGAGCAGUUCCAGCAGUCCUUGGAUGGCCGUGAGACAGGUCUGAGGAAGGAUCUGGGUGAUCUUCAGGCUCGGAUCCAGGGUCUGACGGUGACCCCAGGCUGCUGUGAUCAGAUUAACAAUCUCUCCCGCCGAACCCUGCUUCUGGAGGAGUCCGUUAAGGGCCUGACAGAGUCUCAGAGGCAACUCCAGACGACACUGAGUGAGCAGACAAUCCACUUGGAGACAAUGAUAGAUACUCGCUUGAUAGAUAUCGAAGGCCGCAUGAACAUCACAGAGCAUAGCAAGGCAGAGUUAGAUGCCCUGGAUGGAGGAAUGGGUUCUCUGGAUGGAUUUAAGACUCAUCUGGAGGACAAAUUGAAAAGCCUGGAGGAGCGUCUUUUUGUUGCUGUGGAGGAGCUGAGUAACGCCACGUCUCCGGCUCUAUUGGAAGGCCAGGUGGUACCAGCAUUAGGUACAGAGAUUGAGAAUGUCCGUAGACGUAUGGAGGCUGGUCUGGAUGGUGUCCAGAAGCAAUUAAGUGAUCUUGAGCUUCUUUGCACUUCGGCUUGCUCUCCAGCGUCCAGUCCGGAUGCAGCACUCAUCCAAACUGAAAUUGAAGAUUGCAAAGAGAUGGAAAAGAAGAUCUCAGAGCGUCUGGACACACACACAGAUAGGUUGGACCGCCUAAAUGGUACGUUGCAGGGACUUCUGUUUCGAAUUGCUCAAGAGGAACAAGAAGGCUCAGUACAGGGUGAGAUCACCCUCCUCAAGAUCAACGUCAACUCCGUAAACCGCACCCUCAAAGGUUUGAGAGAUUCCGUUCACCUGUUCAAGCAUGAGAUGAAUCAUGUUAACUCGACAUGGCAGGAACGACAGCAGCAGUUGUCCACGCAAGUGCACGGCAUAGCCGAGCUGGUGGGCCAGCAGGGGGUGCUGCUUGGGGCCGGAGAGCGCAGAUUGAUACAUCUGAAAGGUGAGCUUCAGGGAUUGAGGCGGAGGCUGUCAGGGGAACUGCAGGGCUGUCGGGGCACCGCUCUGGACGCCCAUCGUGAGGUCAUGGGAGUGGAGAGCCGUGUAGCCCACGUCGAAGGCCAGUGUAGCAGUCUGGGAGAGCUUGCUGAUCAGCUGGAGAGGAUUCGUGCAGAACUCGAGAGCCAUUCGGACAGCUACUUGGCACAGGUCAAUGGCACCCUGGCUAGCCACACCCAGCAGCUGGUACAGCUCCAAAAUGGACUCCAGGAGUGCGUGAACAAGACGGUCCAGUAGCCACCACCUGGUUACACGGGCGAUUCAAGAUCUGAUUGUACAAAUUGAGAUAUUUCUUUUUCUGGUUUUAUCAAUGGGGCAUUGUUUUCCUACUUCUUGCGUCUGGAAUUUACUCUUUAUUUUUUAUCUUUAUAUGUUAUAUUUUAUGAUUCUAACCAGUGUGUUAACUUAUAUAAAGAAAAGAAUUUGCCUAUGGUGUUUUAUUUAGCCCAGCAAUUCCCCCACCCCUAAACCCCUAAUUUGCACAGUUUUCCCAGCUGUAGCACGUACAGUAGAAUUCAACUCAUCUGCUAAUCACUAGCUUUAUAAGCUGAAGAUGAACAAAAUCUCUGAACUUUGGAAUUUUGGGAUCUUUAAAUAAGGAAAAUGUCUGAUUUAUAAGCUGCUCUGCUCUUUUAUCAUCUCGUUCCCUACAUUCAUGUCUAUUUUAAAAUAAAUGUGCGUCAACAUUAUGGUGCUAAACUUAAAGUGUGAAAGUAUUUGUAUGUGAAAUAUAUGUUUUCUUAUUACGUAUACGUUUUUUUCUAUGAGAUUAUAAUUUUUUAUGAUUAAAAGUUUGUGUUGAGAAUAAAAUGAGACCUGGGUGUGGUUGCAGCAUGGCUUGGCUACUCACAUAUAAAAAGUGGACUGUCCUUCCAAUAUUAACCACUAGAGGGCAGCAAUAACGCUAAUAAAGAAAUACACCUCAGGACUCUUAAGUUUAUCUUUUUUUUUUUUUUGUCUUCUAUUAAAGACACAAGAUAGAAUUAUUUAAAAAUGCACAAUGAUUAUACACAUUUUUUCAGCAGCAUUAUGGCUCUCAAAAUCUUGAGAUAUGUUAAGGUCUUUAACCUAUAAGCUACUG